CUGUGGUGGAGCCUGGAGGGCUGCUGGGAGGAGCUCGCUGGAGCCAGGACACAGCGGAGGAGCGCGCGCUGCAGCCAGAUCGGUGGGGACACUGCACAGCCCUGCCAGGCGAGCUCCCGGGGUGGUGGCAGCUGGAGACGCAGCAGAGGAGCCAUGUUCCCAGGCUGCCUCUGCCUCUGGGUGCUGGUCGUCCUGGGCUCCCGCUGGGCAGGCUUGGGGAGCCAUGGGGCUGGAGCCGCGCGGAUCAGGCAGUUCUACGUGGCUGCUCAGGGCAUCAGCUGGAGCUACCGCCCCCCGCCCGCCGACCCAAGUUUGAAUCCUUUUGCAACUUCCUUUAAGAAAAUUGUCUACAGAGAGUAUGAGCCCUAUUUUAAGAAAGAAAAGCCAAGAUCCAGUAUUUCAGGACUCCUCGGGCCCACUUUAUAUGCCGAAGUCGGGGACAUCAUGAAAGUGCACUUCAAGAACAAGGCGGACAAGCCCUUAAGCAUCCACCCUCAAGGAAUAGAGUACAGCAAAUUCUCAGAAGGUGCUUCCUAUGCCGACCACACCUUCCCUGUGGAGAGGAUGGAUGACACUGUGGCCCCCGGCCAGGAAUACACCUAUGAGUGGAGCAUCGGCGAGAGCAGUGGGCCCACACACGAUGACCCCCCGUGCCUCACACACAUAUACUACUCCUACGAAAACCUGACACAGGACUUCAAUUCCGGGCUGAUUGGACCUCUUCUUAUCUGUAAGAAAGGAACCCUGACAGAGGAUGGGACUCAGAAGAUGUUUGACAAGCAACAUGUGCUGCUCUUUGCCGUGUUUGAUGAGAGCAAGAGCUGGAGUCCGUCGUCCUCGCUAAUGUACACAGUCAACGGCUACGUGAAUGGGACGAUGCCAGAGCUCGUGGUCUGUGCCCAUGACCACAUCAGCUGGCACCUGAUUGGAAUGAGCUCUGGGCCAGAACUAUUCUCCAUCCACUUCAACGGCCAGGUCUUGGAGCAGAACCACCACAAGGUGUCCACCGUCACCCUCGUCAGCGCCACGUCCACCACUGCAAACAUGACCGUGAGCCCAGAGGGAAAGUGGAUCAUAGCCUCUCUCAUCCCAAAGCAUUUCCAAGCUGGAAUGCAGGCUUACAUUGACAUUAAAAACUGCCCGAAGAAAACCAGGAACAUCAAGAAACUAACUCGUGACCAGAGGCGGCAUAUUAAGAGGUGGGAAUACUUCAUUGCUGCAGAGGAAGUCAUCUGGGACUACGCACCUGUAAUACCAGCGAAUAUGGACAAAAAAUACAGGUCUCUGCACUUGGACAAUUUCUCAAACCAAAUUGGAAAACAAUAUAAGAAAGUUGUUUAUAAACAGUACCAAGAUGAGACCUUCACCAAACGCAUGGAGAAUCAAAAUAACGAAGAAUAUGGGAUUCUGGGCCCUAUCAUCAGAGCCCAGGUCAGAGACACACUCAAAAUCGUGUUCAGAAACAUGGCCAGCCGCCCCUACAGCAUUUAUCCCCACGGAGUGACCUUCUCCCCGCACGAGGACGAAGCCAACAGCUCCUUCUCCGCUGCAGGCAGCACUAGCAUGAUCAGAGCAGUUCAACCAGGAGAAACCUAUACGUACAAGUGGAACAUCCUGGAAUUUGAUGAGCCCACGGAGUAUGAUGCCCAGUGCUUGACAAGGCCAUACUACAGUGACGUGGACAUCAUGAGGGAUAUAGCCUCUGGGCUGAUAGGGUUACUUCUGAUUUGUAAGAGCAGGUCCUUGGACAAGCGAGGCAUACAGAGGGCCGCAGACACAGAGCAGCAGGCCGUGUUUGCCGUGUUUGAUGAGAACAAGAGCUGGUACCUCGAGGACAACAUCAACAAGUUCUGUGAAAAUCCUGAGGAGGUGAAACGCGACGACCCCAAGUUUUAUGAAUCAAACAUCAUGAGCACUAUCAAUGGCUACAUACCCGACAGCAUCACCCCCUUAAAGUUCUGCUUCGAUGACACUGUCCAGUGGCACUUCUGCAGUGUGGGGACACAGGAUGACAUUCUGACUAUUCACUUCACUGGGCACUCAUUUAUCUACGGAAAGAGGCACGAGGACACCUUGACCCUCUUCCCCAUGCGUGGAGAAUCUGUGACGGUCUCGAUGGAUAACGUCGGAACUUGGAUGUUAACUACCAUGAAUUCCAGUCCAAGAGGCAAAAACCUAAGACUGAGAUUCAUGGAUGCUAAGUGUAGAUGGGAUGAUGAUGAGGACGACUCGUACGAGAUAUACAAACCUCCGUCCUCUACGGCUAUGGCCACACGGAAAAUGCGUGAUUCUUCAGAAAACUAUGAUGAAGACAACGAUACUGAAAAUGAUUACCAAGAUACACUAGCUGAGUUACUAGGACUUAGGUCGUUCAGAAAUUCAUCACUGAAUCAGGAGGAAGAGGAACUCAACCUUACUGCCAUAGCCCUGGAGAACAGCUCUGAAUUUAUUUCCUCAAGUACAGACACAGCUGUUGUUUUGAAUUCUUCUUCCCCAGCUAAAAGGGGCAGGCCCAUCAGUAGGGACCUCACCGAAUCUCAGAAAACACUUGCCCUCCCAGGAGCUGCCACAGAUGGCGCACUGCGGGGAGAUCUCAUUGGGUCAGAUAAGAACUCCCUUCUCAGCCCCUCCACAGCCAGGCAUUCCAGUUCUUUUUCUGAAAACCCCACUGAGGAGUCUCUGCAGUCAGAUGUUGCAAAGACAAGACACCCUCUGCUUGGCACAAAAGGAGUCAGAAGUCAUGGAAGGGCUGAACGUAGAAAAGAAAGGGGCUGGGCAGCCCAGCACAGGUUCUCCAGGAUAACUGGGAGACAUGUAAGCCAGGAUGACGUUUCUCAUUCCGGAAUAGGGUCUUUGGAGGACCUUCCUAGUGAUCUGUUAAUCUUCAAACAAAAGGAUCCAUCCAAGACUUUGAAUGGGAAAUGGCAUUUGGUUUUUGAGAAAGGUAGCUAUGAAGUAAUCCAAGAUACAGAUGAAGACACAGGUGCUAAUAAGCUGAACAGCCCUCAAAAUGCUUCUAGGACUUGGGGAGAAAGCAUUCCUUCUACAAACAAGCCUGGAAAGCAGAGAGACCACCCUGAGUCUUCCAGAGUUAGACGUAAAUCUCGAGGAAGACAGGAGAGGGUGAAUAGUGGAUUGAAGAGAAGACCAUUUUUCAUCAAGACACGAAAAAAGAAAAAGGAAGAGAAGCCUGGACACCAUGUUCCUCUAUCUCCCAGGGGCUUUCACCCUCUUAGAGGAGAGGCCUAUUCCACAUUUUCCGACAGAAGACUUGAUCAUUCAUUGCUGCUCCCCAAGUCCAAUGAAACAUCUCUUCCCACUGACCUCAACCAGACAUUCCCCAUUACAGAUCUUGACCUGAUAUAUUCACUUCCUGAUCAUAAACAGAACCCACCAAACAACACGGGUCAGACAAGCUCCCCUACAGAUAUUUCUCAGACAGUGCCACCAGAAGAAUAUUACCAAAUAUCCCCUGUUCAAAACCCUUAUCAAAUGCACUCUGCUACAGACCCCAGCCAGAUGCUUGAAUAUGACCUAAGUCACAAGUCCUUUUAUACUGACAUUGAUCAAACAUCCCCUUCCUUGGAACAUGACGUUUGGCAGACAACCCUCUCCCCAGACCUCAGCCAGACAAGCCCCUCUCUGGAUCUCAGCUCAUCAACCCUCUCCCCAGAUCUCAGUCAGACAAGCUCCUCCCUGGACCUCAGCCAGACAAGCCACUUCCCGGACCUCAGCCCAACAACCCUUUCCCCAAACCUCGGCCAGACAAGCCCUUUCCCAGAACUCAGCCCAACAACCUUUUCCCCAGACUUCAACCAGAAAUCCUCUUCCCCAGACCAAACACCCUCCUCCCCAAACCUCAACCAGACAACAUCCUACCCUCCUGAGUCUAGUCAGUCACCACUUCUUCCAGAAUUUAGUCAGUCUUCUCCUUACCCAGAUGUUGGUCAGAUGCCAUCUCCUCCAACAACAUCUAUAAUAAAUGGCACUGUUCCAUCCAGUGAAUUUAACCCACUGGUUGUAGUGGGCCUCAGCGGAGUUGAUGGAGAUUACAUUGAGAUUAUUCCAAGGGAGGAGGUACAGAGUGGUGAUGAUGACUAUGUUGAAAUUGAUUAUGUGGCCUAUGAUGACCCCUACCAAACCGAUAUUAGGGCAGACAUCAACUCUUCCAGAAACCCUGAUAACAUUGCAGCGUGGUACCUCCGCAGCAACAACGGAAACAGAAAAUACUACUACAUUGCUGCCGAAGAAGUAUCCUGGGAUUAUUCAAAAUUUGUACACAGUGAAAUGGAUCAUGAAGACAGUGACGAUACUCCAGAGGACACCAUAUAUAAGAAAGUGGUUUUUCGGCAGUACCUUGACAGCACUUUUACCAAACGUGACCCUCAGGGGGAGAAUGAGGAGCACCUUGGCAUCCUUGGUCCUGUUAUUAGAGCUGAGGUGGAUGAUGUUAUCCAGGUUCGUUUUAAAAAUUUAGCAUCCAGACCGUUUUCUCUUCAUGCCCACGGCCUUUCCUAUGAGAAGUCAUCUGAGGGGAAGACGUACGAGGAUGACUCUCCAGAAUGGUUCAAGGAGGAUAACGCUGUCCAGCCCAACAGCAGCUACACGUAUGUCUGGCACGCCACUGAGCGAGCAGGGCCAGAGAGCGAGGGCUCCGCCUGCCGGGCGUGGGCCUACUACUCAGCAGUGAACCCGGAAAAAGAUAUCCACUCGGGCUUAGUAGGUCCCCUUCUGAUCUGCCGGAAAGGGACACUUCACAAAGAGAGCAACAUGCCUAUGGACAUGAGGGAAUUUGUCUUACUUUUUAUGGUCUUUGAUGAAAAGAAGAGCUGGUACUAUGAAAAGAAGUCCAAAGGGUCUUGGAGACUGGCAUCCACGGAAGAAAAGAACUCACAUAAGUUUCACGCCAUUAACGGGAGGACCUACAACCUGCCUGGCCUGCGCAUGUACGAGCAAGAGCACGUGAGGUUACACCUGCUGAAAAGCGCCCGAGACAUCCACGUGGUUCACUUUCACGGCCAGACCUUGCUGGAAAAUGGCAAUCAACAGCACCAGUUAGGGGUCUGGCCCCUUCUGCCUGGUUCAUUUAAAACUCUUGAAAUGAAGGCAUCAAAAUCUGGCUGGUGGCUUCUAGACACAGAGGUUGGAGAAAACCAGCAAGCAGGACCAUUCCUCGUCAUAGACAGAGACUGUAAGAUGCCAAUGGGACUAAGCACGGGUGUCGUAGCUGAUGCACAGAUUAAGGCUUCCGAGUAUCUGAGUCAUUGGGAGCCCAGAUUAGCAAGAUUAAACAAUGGUGGAACAUAUAAUGCUUGGAGUACCGAGAGACCUGCAUCAGGAUUAGGCUCUACACCUUGGCUCCAGGUUGACAUGCAAAAGGAAGUUGUCAUCACGGGGAUCCAGACCCAAGGUGCCAAACACUACCUGAAGUCCUACUACACCACUGAGUUCACUGUGGCUUACAGUUCUGACUACACCAGCUGGCAGAUCUUCAAAGGAAACAGCAUGAGGAAUAUGAUGUAUUUUGAUGGCAAUUCAGAUGCCUCUUCUAUAAGAGAAAAUAAGUUUGACCCACCAAUUGUGGCUAGAUACAUUCGGAUCUCUCCAACUAGAUUCUAUAACAGACCGACCCUUCGACUGGAGCUGCAAGGCUGCGAGGUGAAUGGCUGUUCCAUGCCACUGGGCAUAGAGAGUGGAAAGAUAGAAGACAAGCAAAUCACAGCUUCCUCGUUUAAAAAAUCAUGGUGGGGAGAUUACUGGGAACCUUCCCGUGCUCGUCUUAAUGCGCAGGGUCGUGUGAAUGCCUGGCAGGCCAUGGCAAACAACAACAAACAAUGGCUACAAAUUGAUCUGCUGAAAAUCAAGAAAAUAACUGCGAUCAUCACCCAGGGCUGUAAGUCUCUGUCCUCUGAAAUGUACGUCAAGAGCUACACCAUCCACUAUAGUGACCAAGGAGUGGAAUGGAAACCGUAUAGGCAUAAGUCCUCCAUGGUGGACCAGGUUUUUGAAGGCAACAGUAAUGUCAAAGGACACGUAAAGAACUUUUUCAAUCCACCGAUCAUUUCCAGGUUUGUCCGCAUCAUCCCUAAAACAUGGAAUCAAAGCAUCGCACUUCGCCUGGAACUCUUUGGCUGUGAUAUUUACUAGAACUGAAUAUUCCAGAAGAAAAGAGACUCUUUAAGAUCGCAAACACUUAGAGUGGACAGUGUAUUUCACGGCUAUUUUAAAUGUUAACAAUUUUCCACUAAUUCUUUUUCUUUUUUUUCUAUUAGAGAAUAAAUUCUUGUAGAAGAAAUUUUUAUAAUGUAACUCUCUACAACCAUUAAAUGACAUGGUGGCUAGUAUUUCUUUAUUAUUCAAUUAUAUAUGAGAAAAUAUCAAGAUCCAACAUGAAUUGCUCCAUAUUUCACAAUGAUUACAAAUAUUGUAGUAUUCAUAUAAUUAAAAUGCUUCAUUGUA